AUGAGCCACAAGGUAGUAUUGAUUACUGGUGGCCAAGGAUAUCUUGGUCUAUCCAUUGCUAAGCGUAUCAUUGAUGAUACCCCUAAGGAAACCCGUCUUACCAUAAUUAUUACAUCACGAACCUUCCCCAAUAUUAAAAAUGCCAUCAAGGAACUCAAAGCCUAUGUUCUUAAAAACCACUUAGACCGUCCUGCACUUGUCGAAUUUGACUACGUGACGGUCGAUCUUGCUGAUAUGGUUUCAGUAUGUGCAGCUUUGCGUGAAUUGGAACUCCGGUAUGCUCACAUCGAUACAGUAGUUUUCAAUGCUUGUUUAGCACUCUACGAUGGAAUUGACUGGGUCCAGUCCUGUGUCCAAACUCUCCAGAAUCCUGUUGAAGCCUUUACUUAUGCACGAUACAAAAUCCAACGCCCAGUCAAACCAACCCGUGAUGGUAUGGGGUCUGUUUUCCAAGCAAAUGUAUUUGCGCCAUGGUUUAUUCUGCGGCGGCUCACGGGGCCUCGUCAAGUUUCUAAAGAUAAAUUGGAGGUGGAGAAAAUGGAAACUCCUGUUUUGGGAUCUGGGUCUAAAGUGUUUUGGAUCUCAUCACUAACUGCAGACACAAUGGCGAAAAGCCCAAGUGAGGGAGGACUUGACUUGGAUGAUAUAGACUUGUUUAAUACCCCAGAAUCUUAUGAAGCCUCGAAACGUGAAAUUGACUUGUUGCAUCAUGCUACAGCUCAGCUAUUAAAGGACCGUUAUGGCGUCACUUCAUUACUUGUACAACCUGGGAUUUUUAAAAGCACGUCGUUUGUUCCAACACUUAACGUGUUUGCAUAUGUUGGCAUGUUGCUUGCAUUUUACUUGUGUCGGUGGCUUGGUAGUCCCUAUCAUAACAUUGAUCCUUGGAAAGCUGCAAAUGCUGUGGCAACAUUAGAUGCAACCCCAAAUGAUCAGAUUAACUUGUUUACCAAGUAUGGCUCAGCUACUGACCGACGUGGAAGAGAAUAUGUAAUGAAGCAGGUUGUUCCUGGUCUUGAACAAGGCUUUGACGAAGAAGAAGCACAAAACUCAAGUGCAGAGACUGGGACUGGUGCCGGUGCCGGUGCCGGCCGGCGCAGUGCUGGAGAGGCAUACAAGCUGUAUUUGUACGUGGAAGCUCUUUACAAGGUAUGGGAAGAGCGGCUGGCCAAGCAAGUAGUUGAACGGUAUUUGUUUUAA